GGGUCGAUGAGCCGGAGGAGCAUGUAUCAUAUCGUUGAAACAGAGCAAUGCAGAGAGAGAGGAGGAUCCCUCGUCAUCUAUUGAUACAUCCAGGAAUGCUGUCAUUCCCUGUUCCAUUCAUCGGACCUGCUGGCAGUCUCUCCUCGCGCUAGAAUCAUUGCUAAAUCAAGCACUGGCAAGCUGCUAUACUGGCUACCGGCUAUAACGGAUUCAAUCCAGCUUCAGCAAGCAUCAUGCAGCCCCAAGGAACAGGAUGCUCCUGACAACGUGCCAGUGAGUUGAAAAGAGAGAGAGCUGAAGGUAAACUCAAAGUUAUAAAGAUGAACCCUACGGAGGAAAUGACGACCAUGUCUCUGCCGAUGUGGGCUCUGUUCGCCAACUCCAGCGAGCUGUACUACAACCCCAACACCACUGUGGCCCCUAAUUUCCUCACCAAACCCAAGGCCUGUGAGCAGCUCAACAUCGCCACAGAGGUCUUCCUCAUCCUGGGUAUUAUCAGUUUGUUGGAGAACAUCCUGGUCAUCUGCGCCAUCAUCAAGAACAAGAACCUCCACUCCCCCAUGUACUUCUUUGUGUGUUCCCUGGCUGUGGCCGACAUGCUGGUCAGCGUUUCCAACGCCUGGGAGACCAUCAUCAUCUACCUGCUGACCAACCGGCAGCUCAUUGUGGACGACCAUUUUAUUCGUCAGAUGGACAACGUCUUUGACUCCAUGAUCUGUAUAUCAGUGGUGGCGUCUAUGUGUUCUCUCCUGGCCAUCGCUGUGGACCGGUAUGUGACCAUCUUCUACGCUCUGCGUUACCACAGCAUCAUGACCCAUAGACGGGCCGCUCUCAUCAUCGGAGCCAUCUGGACCUUCUGCACGGGCUGCGGCAUCGUCUUUAUCAUGUACUCCGACACCACCCCUGUUAUCAUUUGCUUGGUGUCCAUGUUCUUCACCAUGCUAGUGCUCAUGGCCUCACUGUACAGCCACAUGUUCAUGCUGGCUCGCUCCCACGUCAAGCGCAUCGCGGCUCUGCCAGGGUACAACUCCAUCCACCAGAGGGCCAGCAUGAAGGGAGCCAUCACUCUCACAAUCCUCCUGGGCAUCUUCAUCGUCUGCUGGGCACCCUUCUUCCUCCACCUUAUCCUGAUGAUCUCCUGCCCCAGGAACCUGUACUGUGUAUGCUUCAUGUCUCACUUCAACAUGUACCUCAUCCUCAUCAUGUGUAACUCUGUGAUCGACCCUCUGAUCUACGCCUUCAGGAGUCAGGAGAUGAGGAAAACCUUUAAGGAGAUUAUCGGUUGCUACAGCCUGAGGAACGUGUUUGAGUGUCUCCCUGUGUGCUAUAAACCUGGAGUGCCAUAGAACUCUUACCCUUAUAGACUCUUUGGCCAUGGGUCCUACGUGUGGUUUAGUCAGCAGGAUUUGGGCAUGAACAGAGUGCAUUGGAGUAGAAGACUGUCUUAUUAAAAUGUGUCUUAGACUGCCUUGUCCCAAUGCAGUCUGAUUAAGCUCAACUUGUAGAACCCUUUGCUCCUUAACACUAGAACUGCUAAAGCAGUCAUUUUGACCCUACAGUGUAUACCCAUCCACCGAAUCAAAGCAGUCUCAUCAGCCUACUCUGGCCUACUUGGAGUAGGCUACACAGUGAGAGCGUGAGUAAUUGUACAUGCUGAACGGCUUUCAAUACACAUCAGGCAGCAGGUGAGCGAGUGUUAAAGAAUGUGGGGAUGAGGCAAGGGGAGUAAUGUCACCAUGGACAUCUUCUUCACUGUCAUUGGAGAACAAGUUCCUUGUGGCCGGCACAAUGAACAAAGUUAGACGUGUGCCUCCUCCCUCUGUGCAAAAUAAAGCACCUGAACAGCCAUUAUACUCCACAAAGGUGCUGAAGAAUGACAAGAUGACAGGAACACAAUAAAAAGAAGUCUAUUACUCACUAUAACCAAGCAAAGGUAUGUCAAAGUGUGUCAAGCAAGUGAAAGUUACAAAAAUUGUGUCAACUGUUAGGACAAGGGAUAACAGCUAAAUGAAAUCCAACUGAUGCCAUUGAGUGAAGAUACACACAAGCACGAGCUGACAAUCAUUUACUAUUUUAAUCUGCUGUCAUAUCUACACUUAUAUUCAUUAGAAUGCCUUUAUUGCUUUUGUGCUGAGUUUCACUAUUUAUCAAGGCCACGUGGCACUUAUGAUGUUGAGGCUGCUGAUGUUUUUAUCUUUUAACCACUUGACCAUGCAUCUUGGUAUUUUGGGGUAGUUAUAAAAAAUAAGCUGUUACCAUGUUCCAACACAUAUGCUUUCUGUUUCAUAGUUGUAACAAAGGCACUCCACUAAUAAAAUUGAUUGAACACUAUUUAUUUAAACAUUGUCUUAUCUCCUCCACUAAAUAAAAUUAUGAAAAUGC